AUGACUAUCUUCACGAGAGAUCUCAUCCAUCGGAUCGCAGUAUGUGCUUUAUUACCGAUCUUCCUUUUCCAUUUUUUGCCUUACGUCACCUGUCAGCAAGAGUCGGACCGCACUAGAAAAACCAAUGCCCCGGCGGAAUCGAUAAUUGGAAUCAUUUUGCUUUCCAUGUUUCUCUUAAGUAUAGUCUUUUGCUGCUUGUUCUAUGCAUUCAACGGUGUAGAGGUUGAGGUGGCAGGCCAUGAAGUAUUGCCCAGUAGAGCAAGGCGUGGGCUCGACAAAGAAGUAAUCGAGUCAUUUCCGAUUUUCCUCUAUUCAGAGGUUAAAGGGCUCAAGAUAGGAAAAGGCGGAGUGGAAUGCGCGAUUUGUCUAAGCGAAUUCGAGGAUGAAGAAACGCUACGUUGGAUGCCUCCUUGUAGCCACACUUUCCAUGCUAAUUGCAUCGAUGCGUGGCUGUCUUCCUGGUCCACAUGUCCGGUCUGCCGUGCAAAUCUGUCUCUGAAACCCGGCGAGAGCUUUCCAUAUCCGCACAUGGAUCUUGAAACGGGUAAUGCACCAGGAGGUGUUCUAGAAUCCCCCGACGACAAAAGCCUGGUAGGCAAUAGUGUGACAUGGAACAACAAUGGAAAUUAUACAACACCACGAUCGAGAUCUACAGGGUUAUUGUCGAGCUGGCGUAUGGCUGAGAUAUUCCUCCCUAGAUCUCGUUCUACCGGACAUUCAUUGGUUCAACUAGGUGAAAAUCUAGACCGAUUUACACUGCAGUUACCGGAGGAUGUGCAAAGACAAUUGGUUAGCUUGAAUCUGAUAAAGAGAAGCCACAUGGCCUUACCGCGAGCCAGGAGUUCGAGACAGGGCUACAGGAGUGGCAGCGUUGGGAACGAGAGAAGCGGGUUCUCUCAGGGACGGCAAACGCUUCAGCGGGCCAUAUCUAUGUCUCUCACUUUCUCAUUUCAAACUGCUUCUGUUCGAUCCAAACAUGGCAGAGAUGAUCUAGUCCAAGAGACUUCCCAAGCUAAGGACCACGAUUUUGGUGAACGGUCGUUUCAACGCCUCAUGCCAGAGAACGUUUAA